AUGCCCACCGGCGGCUGCGCCUGCGGCGCCAUCCAAUACGCCUUCAGCAGCGACCCCCACAGCGUGCUCCUCUGCAACUGCCCGGCCUGCCACCUCAGCACCAACAGCGCCUUCAGCACGAACCUGGUGCUGCCGUACUCGAGCUUCAGCGCCUCGGGCGCCGCGCCCACGACCUGGCAGCGCACGGGCAAGAGCGGCCAGCCCGUCACCAACCACUUCUGCGGCGUGUGCGGCACGCUCAUGUGGGUGCUGCCGGCCGUGCUGCCCGGCACUGUGCUCGUCAAGGCCGGCACGCUGCAUGAGCGCAAGCCGCUGCUCGAAAGCGAGCUUUAUCGCCCCGGCGUCGAGCUGUGGGCCAAGGACCGCUGGGCGUGGUGUCCGAGCGUUGAGGGCGUUAAGAAGUUUGAGGAGGCUAUGAGCUAG